AUGGGCGGCGGGGUGCGGGAGCUGGCGGGGUACGUGGCGGGGCUGGGCGGGUGGGUGUCGGCGCUGGCCGCGGCCGUGCUGCCGCAGUGGAGGCAAAGCUCGUACGCGGGGGAUGCCAUCAUCACGGCCGUGGGACUCCACGAGGGACUGUGGAUGAGCUGCGCUGCACAGAGUACCGGGCAGGUCCAGUGUCGCCUGCACGACUCGCUCCUCUCCCUCGACGUUCACAUCCAGACCUCCCGGGCUCUCAUGGUGAUUUCUCUGCUCCUGGGCUUCUUUGGUAUCAUUGUCAGCGUGGUGGGCAUGAAAUGCACCAAAGUUGGUGAGGAGGAUCCUGUUACCAAGAGCCGCAUCGCUGUUGCUGGUGGGAUCCUCUUCGUCCUCUGUGGUCUGUGCACAUUGGCUGCCGUGUCCUUGUAUGCAACACAGGUGACUUACGAGUUCUUCAGAGAGAGCACUGUCCCCAUCAACGCCAGGUAUGAAUUUGGCUCAGCUCUCUUUAUUGGCUGGGGGGCUGCCAGCCUCACCAUGCUGGGGGGGGCCCUCCUGUGCUGCUCCUGCCCCACCAAGGACCGACAAGGCCACCAGUACUACCAGCAGUCACAGCCCCCCACGGCUCGGGAACCCCCUGUAAAAAUCUCUUCACCCAUCAGGGGAGAGCAGUGCUUUUAGUCUGGCUUCCCCCAACUGGUGCUUGGGUGGCUGAACCCAACGGCUGGGCUUCCCCUCCCAAAAAACACACACCAAAAGCUACUGCAGUGAGGAUUGAAAAGGAAAACUCAUGCUUUAAAAAAAAAAAAAAGAAUCAAUCAAUCCAUCCAAAAGGUAUUUUUU